AUGGUUCGCACGUACAGAAGAAAGACUGAUGCCGGAGAAUGGUCUCAAGAAAAAAUGAAAGAGGCUGUAAAUAAAGUCCAGAACAAAGAGUUGACCUUACGUAAGGCUGCUGAGAUUUUUGCAGUACCGUUCACGAGCUUACAGAGAAGAGUUACUUUAUCCAGGGGUAUUAUUAAGCGUCGAGGUGGACAGCCAGCUUUAGAUGAGAAUGCAGAAAAGAAGUUAGCUGACCGGCUACUGCACUUGGCAAGUCGUGGCUUCGGAAUUACACCCAAAGCGGUACGUAAGUACGCGUUUGAAUUUGCAGAACGUCAAAACAUAAAACACAAAUUUGACAGAAAUGCUGGAAUGGCUGGCCAGGACUGGUUUCAUCGCUUCAUGCAAAGAAAUAAAAAAUUAACUAUUAGGAAGCCGGAGGGUCUGUCAAGAGCAAGGUGUGAUGGUAUGAAGAAGGAAAAAGUAGCAGAAUUCUUUAAUACUUUGGAAACAGUAGUAGAUAACAACAAUUUAAGAGGAAAACCUGAAUGUGUAUACAAUGUUGAUGAAACGGGUAUGCCGCUUAGUAACCGCCCACCCAACAUUAUAGCCCAAAAAGGUGCUAAAGAUGUUGUCAGCAUGACUAGUGUUGAACGAGGUGAAAAUGUAACCGCUCUAGCCUGUAUGAAUGCAGCAGGACAGUACAUACCUCCAUUUGUUCUAUUCAAAGGUGUGCGUAAACGUGACGAUUUUCUCCUAGGUAUGCCACCUGGUACUGAAGUUGCCAUAACAGAAAACGGCUGGGUCACCGAAGAAGCUUUUAAGUUGUGGCUGCAACAUUUCAAUCGCUACCGGACCCCAGGAAAAGUAGUUCUAAUUUUGGAUGGGCAUGCGUCUCACACCAGCUACUCAGUGGUAGACUUGUGUGACUCUUUCGAAAUUGAACUUGUACUUCUUCCUCCACACACAUCACAUGCCCUGCAACCGCUCGAUGUAUCGUUUUUCAAACCGCUCAAAACCUAUUAUCACCAACAAGCUACAGCAUGGCAACAUUCACAUCCCAAUCAAGGAAUCACAAAAGUCGCUUUCGGAGCACUUUUCCAACGGGCUUGGAAUCAGGCUGCCACUGUUGGGAAUGCUACAAAAGGCUUCGAAAAGACUGGAAUAUUUCCACUAAACGCCAAUGCAAUACCUGACCACAAGUUCAUCGGUGAUCAAGAGUCGGACAUUGUAGAGUCCCAAGUCCAGUCCCCAAGUUCCCAAAAAAUGCAGCUACACGUGCAAGCCACAAAUACAAAACCACUUGAUAAUAUAGUGCCAUCCACAAGUUCACAACAAUCUGACGAAGCCCAGCCUCCCACCUGUGCAGAAAUAAUUAAAGAAAUUCUUCCAUCACCUUUAAAGUCACCAAUUGCUUCUAAAAGAAUUCGUAAAGUUUCAAAACUGGCCUUGCAUUUAACAUCACCUCAGAAUAAGACUACUCUUCUCGAAAAAGAAGCAAAGAAGAAAUUUAAGGUAGACAAUAAAACCAAGGAAAAUAAGGAAAAGGCUGUGGGCAAAGAAAACACUAUGAAGAAAAUGAAGAAUAAAGCAAAGCUUGCGAUAAAAAUUAAGAGUUCAUCUCCAAAACAUAGAGAGUGGCACUGCAUUUACUGUUUCGAAAUAUUCGUUCAUCCACCAUCAGAGGAUUGGAUUCAGUGCAAUGCCUGCGAAGAAUGGUGCCACGAAAAAUGUGCUGAUAUGGGGGAGGAAAAAGGACCAUAUGUAUGUGAAUUAUGUGCCGAUAAUUAA